UGGACUCCAUUUAUUCUUUUCCCCAUAAUGACUGCUUUGUGCCUAAAGAAACUAAUGGGUCAGGCCCUAAGGACUGAUGCUAAUUUUCUCACUAGAUGUUUUGCCACUUUGGGGGCACAACCAAUGCGCACCACAAUGAUCUCUCACACCUGGGUCGAUCUGGAGCAGUCUAAAAGAGGAUUUCUCUCUGUCCUUACAAAAACGUUCUGUACAUACAAAGAUGCUGAGGAAAAGGUGAAAGGAAAGAAAAACGCCAAUGCCAGAAAAACCAUUGACACUGUUGGGAGGAAAAUCCCUCAUCGAAUUAUUCGCCUGAUUGAUGAAAAUGGAGAGGAUCAGGGACAAGUACACAGAGCGGAUGUGAUUCGUAUUAUGGAUGAAAAGGAGUUGAAGCUUGUUGUGCUGAAGGAGUCAGCAGACCCUCCCGUGUACAGACUAAUGAGCGGUCAGCAGAUUCACGAAGAGCGCCUCAAACUUAGAGACAAACAGAAAGCUAGCACCAAAAAGGCUGGACCUGUUCAGCAGAAGGAACUGACUUUUACCACAGCUAUUGCACAGCACGAUUUAGAUGUGAAGGUGAAACAAAUUCAGCAGUGGAUUGAAAAGAAGCAUCAUGUCAGGGUUACGGUGCAGGAAAAGAAAAUCGCUGAUGGACCAGAAAAGAUGCUAAAGCUCUUCGAGCGGAUUUUGGAGACCAUGUCAGACAAAGCUACUUACCUCUCCCCGCCUCGUGUUCUUAACGAAAAUAGAAGUAUGUGUGUAUACAGACAUAUGUCGGAGAAAGAACUCCAUGAGUAUAAACGUAUGGAAAAAGAAAAAAGUACACAGAAGGACAAUGAAAAGGAACCUACUGAGUCGUGUCUUCAAGAACAAUGA